CACCGCCCCCUCUCACCUCACCAGGGGAGAGUCAUGUGAUCGGGGAAGGCGCUGCAAGAUGGCGGCGGCGGCGGCGUCGUCGGCGACGGAGUGUGGUUGGUCGUGGUGAGCGGCCGCGUUUGUGGCGGCCCGGAGGCCAGGCGGAGAGAGAAAAGAAGAGGAGAAGGACGGAGGGCGGAGUUGUGUUCGUGGCUGAGAGAGAGAGAGCCGUCAUAUCGCGGAUAUUUCAGGCAUCAUAAUCACUUGAGCCAUGGCCACAAAUGGUCCACAGUUGGGGUCAGUAAGCAGUCACACGAUGAAGUCACAGCUUCGCAUAACAGUUAUCUGUGCGAAGCUCAGGGAAAAUAGGAAGAACUGGUUUGGACCCAGUCCCUAUGUGGAGUUGGCAGUCGAUGGCCAGUCAAAGAAAACAGAGAAGGUUACCAACACACACAACCCAAAGUGGAAACAGCACAUCACAGUGAUUGUAACGCCAUUCAGCAAGAUCAACUUCCGAGUGUGGAGCCAUCAGACACUGAAGUCCGAUGUUCUGUUAGGAUUUGCCACUUUGGACGUCUGCAGCACCUUAAAGGCCAACGACAUGAAAUUCAACGAUGUCAUUAUAAGAUUAUCACUGGCUACUGACCGCGAUUCUGAGGAAGUUGUUGGGGAGCUUUUAGUGUCGCUGGACGGGCUUUCUGUAGAUCCAGAGGUCCUAUGUAAUGAGGAUACAGCAGCAGCAGGCAGCUCACAAAGUGGAAUUAAUGGAAAUAGCAGUGAGGUUCAUGUAUUAAAUCCAUCAAGUGUGAAUGGGGAUGCCAUCUCACAAGGCUCAUCAGAAGCGGGGACGAGUGAAGGACUUACUGUGAAUGGCAGAGUUACUCCUUCACCUUCUCCCAAAACAUCAAAGCCUUCCAGACCUCCCAGGCCCACCCGACCUCCGCCUGCAACCCCAGCCAGACCUGGUAGCGUUGUGGUGACAGCCAGUGCAAACGGACAUUCUUCAGGUCCCUUGGAGAACGUCCCGUUGUCUGACAAUACCUCGCCUGCAGCUGACACUGUGCCUGAGGCUGCUACCUCUACAAGUGUACCUGGAGCCACAGAAAGCGGCCGCUCUCCACAUCCACCACCACCACCACCACCAGUUUCUCCUAAUGAUCGACCGUUGAGCUCAGUCAACACAGGUUCACUGGCCCCAGGCUGGGAGCAGCGAGUGGAUCAGCAUGGCAGGCUGUAUUUUGUAGACCACAUUGAAAAACGCACAACAUGGGAAAGGCCACAGCCAUUACCCCCGGGCUGGGAGAGGCGGGUCGAUGAGCGAAACCGCAUUUACUACGUCGACCACAUGACAAGGACAACCACAUGGCAGCGACCGACAGUGGAGUCAGUCAGGAACUUUGAGCAGUGGCAGUCACAGAGAAACCAGCUUCAGGGAGCAAUGCAGCAGUUCAACCAGCGCUAUAUAUAUUCGUACCCCGAGCAGGUAGUGCAGCCUGAAUUUGACCCACUCGGCCCAAUGCAAACAGGAUGGGAAAAACGAACAGACAGCAAUGGGAGAUUGUAUUUUGUAAACCAUCUAACACGUACCACUCAGUGGGAGGAUCCCAGGACUGUGGGUAUUCUGAAUGAGAAGCCCUUGCCAGAUGGGUGGGAGAUGCGCUUCACAGUUGAUGGUGUUCCAUACUUUGUGGAUCACAACAGAAGGACUACAACGUACAUUGACCCGCGCACUGGAAAGUCCGCUCUAGCAAAUGGUCCAAACAUUGCGUACGUGCGAGAUUUCAGAUCCAAAGUUUCCUAUUUCAGGUUCUGGUGUCAGCAACUGGCUGCACCUCAGCACAUCAAGAUAACUGUGACGAGAAAAACCUUGUUUGAGGACUCGUUUCAGCAGAUUAUGAGCUUUAACCCUCAAGAUUUGCGGAGACGACUGUGGAUCAUUUUCCCAGGAGAGGAAGGUUUAGAUUACGGCGGUGUGGCAAGAGAGUGGUUCUUUCUGCUUUCCCACGAAGUUCUGAACCCCAUGUAUUGCCUCUUUGAGUACGCUGGCAAGGAAAAUUAUUGUUUGCAGAUCAAUCCAGCAUCCUACAUCAACCCAGACCAUCUGAAAUAUUUCCGGUUCAUCGGCCGCUUCAUAGCCAUGGCAUUAUUCCACGGGAAAUUCAUCGACACGGGAUUCUCCCUGCCGUUCUACAAGCGAAUGCUGAGCAAACCCAUUCAAACCAAAGACUUGGAAUCUAUCGAUCCAGAGUUUUACAACUCUCUCAUCUGGAUAAGGGAAAACAACCUGGAGGAGUGUGACCUUGAAAUGUAUUUCUCAGUCGACAAGGACAUUUUAGGUGAAAUUAGAACUCAAGAACUGAAACCAGGCGGCAACAAUUUGUUGGUCACUGAAGAGAACAAAGAGGAGUACAUUGGGCUUGUAGCUGAGUGGAGACUAUCACGCGGGGUUGAGGAGCAGACACAGGCCUUCCUGGAGGGAUUCAAUGAAGUGCUUCCCUUACAUUAUCUUCAGUCAUUUGAUGCUAAAGAAUUGGAGGUGCUGCUUUGUGGAAUGCAAGAAAUCGACCUGAACGACUGGCAGAGAAACGCAAUCUACCGUAACUACAACAGGAACAGCAAACAGAUAAUCUGGUUCUGGCAGGUUGUAAAAGAGAUGGACAACGAGAAACGAUUGCGUUUGCUCCAGUUUGUCACAGGGACCUGCCGCCUGCCUGUCGGUGGUUUUGCUGAUCUCAUGGGGAGCAACGGCGCUCAGAAAUUCUGUGUUGAAAAGGUGGGGAAGGAAAACUGGUUACCCAGAAGCCAUACUUGUUUUAAUCGCUUGGACCUGCCACCGUACAAAAGUUACGAGCAAUUGAAGGAAAAGUUGCUGUUUGCAAUUGAAGAAACAGAAGGGUUUGGACAGGAGUAGCCACUGUACAUAAUAGCAGUGGCCACGAGAGUAUUGUACUGCUUGUCUAUCGGGGGAUUCUUAUAAGCGCAGGAUGGAUGGAUUUGUUUCUCCUGCCUUUCUUUGCAGUAGACAUCUGUUUUUCCAGCCGUGUUGGGACAUUGCCGGGAAUCCCUGUGGGCAAUGGCUGAAAGCUUUGUCUUGGCUUUGUCUGUACUUACAAGCUGAGGAAUCUAAUCUAUUGAGGAAAAUUGUACCCGCUUAUAAUAGAAUUAAUGCGCUGUGAUAAACAGUAUCAACUGUGUUCGUUUGUGUAGUACAUGGAAGAGCAGCCAAGCUGAUCCCACUUACUGCUGACAGUAAUUUUAAGAGUAAGAAGAGUGUGUGGGGGAUGAGGGAGGGAAAGAGAGCAGAGGAGGGGGUUGUAAUUAGUGGCAUUUUAAAAUUGACCCACAAGUCAAGCUGGAGCAUUUGACCCACCACUAACUAGGAGCAUGAGGUAAUCAACAGCUUUGCCAGGAAGAUCGCUGCCAUCUCAAUCCUUCAAUUUUUCUCUCUCUCACUUUCAUUCUCGUUUGUAUCACAUCCCCUCUUCUAUAGCCAUUACAGCUACUGCCUUUCCCUCCACCUGACCCCCACUCCCCCAGAGGAAAGGUGUAUUUAUAUUUAUAUUCUUUACCCUUAGGUAAUUCCUUUCCUGUGAUUUUUUAAAAAAACGCAUGAUUUGAUUAAGGUCAAAGGGUGAGCUAAAAUAGUGAGCUCCCUUCUUACAGCGUCGCUUAAAUUUUGAAGGAGCGCUGCUUGGUGAACAGUUGUCUACUCUUAAUAACUUGGAUUCCUGCACUUCUACUGAAUGGAUGACGAGGGGGAGUGUCAUCCCUCAAUGCAAGUUAUUUUGCUCCGGUUGUAGUUGAACCCUGCUAUCUCAGAGAUACGUCACUCUCCCUCUGCAUACUUCCGCCUCCUCCCCACCCAAUCGCUGUAAAAAGGUUAGUUAGAAAAGAAAGGCUUUGGCCCUAUAUUUUUAAAAAGAAUGACAAAAGUAGAUCAAUCAUUGCUCUAGUUUUAUAGAGCGUGGUUGGCAAAUAUUUUUGUGGUCUGUUGCGCUGACUGACACCUCUGAUUCAGGAAGGGCUGCUGUAUAAUAAAUAUGUCUCCAGUUAGAGGUUUCUGACGUUCAAUGUCUUUAGCUCGUAUGUCUUUCUUGCCAUUGAAACUUCCUGAAUAACUUCUUUUCAGAACAUCUUAGUGGCUGGCCCUCACCUGGGUUUUAGCUUGAACGCUCCAUCCUCACUUAGACGUGUGUUUGCAAUAGGGUUCUUAAGACAAAAUGUGGACAUUUUAUAAAUUAGGCUUUUAUAAAUUAAUUUAUUUGGAAUUGAAGAAGAUCUCAUCACUUCUUUAAAGGGCGUGUGUGUGUGAACAGAGUCACUAGUUUGAGGUUAAAUGAUCUUUAUGAAACACUUUUUCCAAUUUCACACCUCACGCUUCUUUGAAAGCGUCCAAUUCCUUUCAUUCUAUUGGGGUGCGUUCUCUGAAGGUCAAGCCCCCUCCACCACUCAUUGCCCUAUAUUUCAUGGAGGAAUCUGACAGCUGCAGGUAUCAGCUGAGCCCAAUCCUGAUGUCUCCUGACCUCCACACUUGAACUAAUUUUUGCGCUAUUGCUUUACAAAUUCCAGUGGAGCCUUUGUGCUUCUUAUUCUGGCUUGGUGCGGUUGAGGAGUAAUGUAGACAACUCUCGGGAGCAGAAACCCUGGCUGAUCAUCCCCUCGCUAACCCAGGGAGACUGGGGUCAAUUGCAGCAUCCCUCCUGCAGCUGUCCUGGCAGAUCAGCUGAUGCAAACUUGCAGCCGUCGCCACCUGGAGCAACCUGGAACGAGUGCAAAAGGGAGUUACUUCAAACACUUAAGGCUGACAGGUUUUUGUUUGAGCAAAAUACAUAAAGGCAACACAGCUUAUCCAGACACGAUCAAUUGUCUUAAUUUGCAUUGUGCAAAUCUUACCAAGCAGUUUUGGGGCAAGAGAUGAGAGCUAUGCUCUGCACAUCCUGUAUACAAUAGAACAGUGAUGGUCAGCCAACCAAAUAAUUUUUUUCCUGAUCGAAUAUUUCUUCAUUUAUGGCCACACUGUAAUUAUUGAUUUAACACCGACUUGCCUAGAUUGGUUUGAACCUUUUUGAAAGUGGAAUGUUAAUGUGCCACUGGCUUUGCAAUUUAGCCCAUCCAGCUCAGCGCACACAUUCAUUGACUACGUCCUGCUCGUUUACUUGUUAGUGGUCGGAGGGGACUGGAAAUGAAGUCAGUCUUUUGCUGUACGGACCCAACUAAAUGUUCUGCGGAAGGUGUUCUAGGAAGUUUUGGUGCUUGUGUACGUGUGAGUUUUAGCUUGGUCUUUGUAAAAUGCACGUAAUGUUUGCCUUUUCUGCUCAGGUGGGUUUACCCUUUCAACACUGGAAAACUGUCUCAAAACCACUGUUUGUCCUUUUUGAUAUGAUUGUGCUUUUUUUAAAAGGAAGAAAAAAAACACUCCAUCUUUAAUUAUGUUUCCGUUCUCUCCCCCCCGACCCACCCCCAUUCCUGCCCCGCUCCCUAAGGCAAUGAAUUUUAAGGAAUGUAUUUCAAUUCAUUUUAAGGGGGCAAAGGGAUUAACUUGUGAGUUGGAUUUAUGUUUACACUCACUCUUAAGGGUAGAUAGAGACGUGACCCAAAGAGUAGCCUGGGAUGAGCUACUUCCUUUGAGGAAAGAAAAUUUGUGGUUGGAAUUGCAUGGAGUAGUAACAUUUCAUUUUCCCAUUAUUUUAGCAAAUUGCUAGGAGAAAUCUGAAUCUCAUUUUCUGAGACUGUGGUUCCUUAUUGACUGCGAUUAUAAUUUGGAUGGAGUUGGCUUUUAUUUUUCAAUUAAUUGAAAUUAAAUGUUUUUCAAAUGGAAGCCUAUGUAUUCAGCCAUAAUAAAUCAGAACUGGGUAGUGUAUGUGUGUGGGUGGGUGGAUUUACUGUAAGUGUAUGUACUUUACAACACUCUGUAAAUUAGUUCAGAAAUGAAAUGGCCGUUUGUAAUCUGUCUGGCUUGAGUUUUAGGUCCUGCUUGUGUCUUGAAUUCGACAUGUGAAGCUUCAGUUCAGGAGAUCAAAAUUCAUUCUCAAAUUAGGGUUUUUAAUGUAAUUUUCAGGAUUUCUCUUGAUUGUAUCAUAAAAAUGUACAGUAUCGAAUGUAGAUAGAUUAUUUUUUCGUUUGUUGAUAAAUCUGGUAGUCUUGAUGAAUUUUAAAAUCCUGUUAGAAAUUGUUACGUCUUCAAUAUGAAUGUCAGGCUUUACCUCUGAUUCACUGCUAUCCCGUAACUGAGUGUAAAAGCACGCACCUUUCCACCUGAGCCGUAGAGACCAGCUAGGUCCUAGCGUCAGUCUUUUAUGCUGGUUUCAGCAGGCGAUGUGGAAAUGGUCUGACGAUUAGCCUCUGUACACCUUGGCCUCGGGAACAGAAAAUCUCAAACAGUCAUCCUGCUCCUGACUACAAUCCACUAACCCUCUGGGAAAGUAUGUAUGGGUGUGAAUAUUGGGUCGGGACAGGAUCGGUCUGACCUGCAAUGCUCUAAUGAUAAAAUAACCUAAUAAUCUGGCUGGUCUCGCUAUCACUCAUGAAGAGCUGACAUUUGGGCGAGGUACCAAAUAAUUGCCAGGAUCCAUGGAAUUCAACCCCCAGCAGAAGAACAUACUGGCGGAGGGGGCGAAAGAGUGGAAAAACAACCCUGACUUGUAAUCAAGUCUCGGGAGGGGGGGAGGGGUGCUUACACAAACCAAGACCGAAUCUGGCUUCAGGAAUGGCUUAGUUUCUCUAUUCCUCCACCCCCCCACCCCCUGCCCCAAAAUCUGUUCCUCUGAAACUCGGAUUAAAAAGUAGGGCUGGGUUUGAGUCCAGUAUUUUGACACACCAUAGAGGCAUAUGUACCUCCCCUUAGUUAUCUUGCUGUUCAAACCUGGUUCUCAUUCUCUCUGCCCUGAAUAUUGUUUUGCGAAUUAUGUAGUGUUCAGUUCACCCCAGUGGCUGGAAUUCUAAUGUAUAGCGUAAUAUAAAGUAUAAUAUAUUAACUCCCACUAAAUGUGAAUAAAUGGGCAAACAAUUGCAUUGGUUUCUGAAUUACGAUUGCUCUGCUGUGCAGCAUUGCUGGUGUGUUAUAUAGCCACCAAUCUACAAAGUUGCAGAAAAAGAAAAAAAAGUGUUCCUGUUUCUUCAGUGGGUUGUGCAAAUGUACUCUACCCCAAAACAUCAGUGUGGGUCUGGGAUUAUUCCAUACCGUAAUACCAGCCUUUCUGGUUGACUAAUUGGAUCUUUUUCUCUCGUCCAAAAUGGAGUGACCCUGUUGUACAUGUGUGAUAACCUGUCCAUUUUUCAGCCUAUAGCUGAAUUCAAAAUCCUUGCUGUUGUAACUGAGUAACUCAAAACUCCUCUCUUUGGGGCUCAAAACUAAUAGCCUUGGAGGGAAGAGUAGGCAUCCUAAUGUGAACUGGAUUUCUUACCCCCCCCCCCCCUUCUAGUCUGGUUGAACUUGCUCAAACUGCAGGUGUGUAUCACACACUCCUGUGACUUUAACUUCCUUUAUACUUUCUUUAUCCCCCCUACCUACCCCAAAAUAAUAAUAAUCCUUGCAUUUGAUACAGCGCCUUAUCACAUCAUUGAAAAAUCUCAAAAGCGCUUCACAGAAUAUAUUGUAAAUUGGAUUGGUUUUGUGGGCAAAACAAAAAAAGGACAGUAAGUUACAUAACAGUGGCAGGGGACUUUACAGUAAAUACCACACCACUGAAGGAGGAACACUAUUAUGGCUGAAUAGGUGCUGCCUUUAUUCAGAAAUUAACUGGAAGUUGGAGCAACAGUGACUGCAUGUUGUAUGGAAUUGUGUGUUAUUACCUUACCCACUGUGAACACAACCCAGCUUUCCAUCCUAUCCGCACAGUGCUUUUGACAUCUGAUUGUGGUACGGAGACCCAUUGGGUAGACAUGAUGGGGAGAUGAGACGUGUUUGGGUAUCCAAUGGAUGUAGAGUUUAUAUACAUUGGGUUCUUUUUUCUUUAAAAACUUGUGAAUUUGCGUUGGGUAUCUUUCCAAAGGGUGUGGGGAAGAUAUGAAGCUGUUUUUGUGUGUGUGUGUGUGUUUGCGUUCUUCACGUAACUAUUUUGCUUAAAACAUCAAAGUGAAGCAAACCUCUCCUGGUGAAUUGGAUUUAUUGUUUAGCAAACUCUUCAGCAGGUGUUUGUGCACCAGGUUUUGUCAACUCUUGAGUUGAACCCUGCUGGUUUCUGAUCCUAACCACAAAUGUUCAGAAUUGACCAUCAGAAAUCAACUGGAAUAUAUUUCUGAUGCCAUCCAUCUUUUAUACCUUGGCCACCCUUUGCCCCCUUCCCCCCCCCCCCAACCACACACACACACACACAGUGGAACCCUAAACACUGCAAAUUUUAUGGAUAUUGUUUUUUUUUAAAUAGCUUUAUAAUUACAUUAAAUGUAAGUUGUUAAAUCCACAUUAAAUAUUUUAAAUACAAGAAAAACACACACAGAGGCACAAUAAGAGUUUGAAAACAUUGCCCAUCUUAAAAAAAAAGUUUAUAAACUAUUUUCCCUUUCUAUUUUUCUCCCCUUCACAGGCACAUGCAUAGUAUCCUACCUCUAUAUGGUGCAGUCAAUGCUGUCCCACCUUAACCCAAUAAAAUAUAUAUUGAAAUCCUUCCUUUUGUGUAUUUAAAUAUUUUUUUGGAGUGGGGGGAGAUUUCCUGAAGUGUUAAAUUUGCCUCAAAUACUCAAAAAUCCAUUGGAUAUCUAUCAUCAGUCUAGGAUUCUUUCACUCAUACCCACCAUCCAAGCCAACCCUGUGAUGCAUAAAUAAAUAGCACUGACAUCAUACUUUGAUUUUUUGGAGAUUUUUAAAAAAUUGAGUAUUUACAAGUUCUGUAAUAGAAGUCUAAUAGAUGGCACUUCUGAAAGAGCUGCAUAAUUUAGACAUUUAUGUAAUUGUUUCUUUGACUUUAAGCCUAUAUCAAGUGUCUAAUUUUGACUUGUAUGAUAACUGAGGUUUGUAAAUCAUGUUAAUAUUUCUGUGUUUCUUUUUUUUAAGUAAAGCCUGACUCAAUCUUUUGAGAAAUGGAUGAAGGCUAAUAAAGUUAAUUUAGCCUCUCGGUGAAUGCUUCUUAUCCCGUUUACCUGUGUGUAAAAAAAGUUUAACUGUAAAAAAAAAUAAAAAUUGCUCUUAACUGUACAGACAUCAUA